CCCGCAGUGGCAGACGGGACGGAGCCCGGUUGUUGUCGUCGUAGCUGUGAGGAAGCGACUUUUCAGUCAGUAGCAGGGAAGCAACAGGCUGCCGCCCGUGAGAGCAACGAAGUGCAAACUUUAACGGGUUUAUUACGUUGGUUUCCGGCCUUUCUGUAUCAGGCACCGGUCACUUGGGGGGAAAUGUCGGUGUUCGGGAAGCUGUUCGGUACCGGGGGUAAGGGCGGAAAAGGCCCGACCCCCCAAGAAGCUAUUCAGAAACUUAGGGACACCGAGGAGAUGCUGACCAAGAAACAGGAGUUCCUGGAGAAGAAGAUCGAGCAGGAGUUGGUGACGGCCCGGAAACACGGAACUAAAAACAAGAGGGCUGCUCUGCAGGCUCUGAAGCGCAAGAAGAGAUAUGAAAAGCAGUUGGCUCAGAUUGACGGCACGUUGUCCACCAUCGAAUUCCAACGAGAAGCCCUGGAGAAUGCCAACACAAACACAGAAGUUCUCAAGAACAUGGGCUUUGCGGCCAAAGCAAUGAAAGCUGCCCACGAUAACAUGGAUAUCGAUAAGGUGGACGAGCUCAUGCAGGACAUCGCCGACCAGCAGGAGCUGGCCCAGGAAAUCUCGGAUGCCAUCUCCAAGCCGGUUGGUUUUGGCGAGGAAUUUGAUGAUGAUGAGCUGCUGGCUGAAUUGGAAGAACUUGAGCAAGAGGAUCUAGAGAAGUCUCUUCUGGAUGUACACGGCCCAGAGACUGUGCCUCUCCCCAACGUGCCUGCAGCUUCUUUACCAGCAAAACCAGUCAAGAAAAAGCAAGAGGAGGAUGAUGAGGAUAUGAGAGAACUAGAGAACUGGGCCGCCGUGUAGAAUGAUGCUGUCACGGAUGGAAAGACUCUGAUCACCAGUUGGCAUUGGUGUACAUAUGGUGUGUGGGGAAGAGCGGGGGGAGGGGUUCAGGAACACAACUUGAAAUGUCUGUCUUUCUCUUUGCCCCUUUUUACUUUCAUUGCCCUAAACCCGUCACGGGCAUUCGAUUUAAAGCAAACCAGAAGUGGCUUGGCUCGGCUCUGAGCGGAAUAUUUGUAAUGGCGACUUCGUUUAAACUCCAUUGUGAAAACUGAAGGCAGAGCUUCACCAACACCCCCCUUGGCAGCUGCAAGAGUUAAAAUCAAGUGCUUGGCAUGGACUGGUCCCGGAUUGUUCCUUUUCUUUUGCUGCUUCGCCACUCAUGCCAACAUUUUUGGUAAACCUCAGCGCCACAUCACUUCCCUGGAUUUUUUCCCCUUGUUACGGAGGCCUUGUACCCUAAACGAGAUUAGCACGCCGCGGAUUACGCAGUGCGGUUUUCAGUCCGGAAACGCAGCCACCUGCUCCAGAAUCCAGCUCAUCGCUGGCACCGGAUAACAUCUCUCAACCUAAUUCACUAAGCCUAGAACACGAAGAGUGCAUUCACGCAGUGGGAUCAGCUCAAGCUUCAAAGAGACCUAGACGUACCAUCUAUGCCGUGAAUUUAAUGUAUGUGUGUAUCUGUGUAUGUAUAUAAUGACCUCUUACACAGUCAUGAUGAUUUUAAACAUUACGCGCAGGACAUUUUGGUGUUCGGUGCGGAAUACAGUACAGUAAGCUGUUAAAUACACACACAGUCAAGAAAAAAAUCUGUUAUUUAUAGUUUUAUUGCAGUUCGCAGAGCAGACCUUUUUUGGAACCUUUGUGCGCAUGAAUGAAUAACCCUGCUUAUAUCUGUAUCCGGUGGCCGAGGUUUGGAUUUACAUGUAAGGCUGUUAUGUACAAGGCUACGUAUCUAUUAUACACAACACCAUAAGCGAGGCUUGCUCCAGGAGGGUUGUUGUGGUCCUGCUACCAGUAUAAAGGUUAUUCUUAAUUCCCCGUUCUUGUUUACAACUGCCCCAAUUUUAUUGUUUUUGUCGCUGCAUGUCUAUUCCUACCCCGUGGCUAAUCUAUUAAAACAUGAACUGUUGGUGUGAAAGCUAAUAUGGUUGUCUGUGUAGCAUCUUUCUCAAGCUCUUCAGUAGUCCUAGACUCGUGCUGGAAAUUUCAGCUUUUCACCUCUUGAUGCAUCUACAAUUUGCAGCUGGUAGACAUCAAUAACUAUUCUGCAGCAGGAAAGGGGUUAAAGUUCAUAUCACAGGAAGAAUAUAAUUUAUUUUUUUUGUUUUUCAUUUAACACAUGGAACUCUCAUCCUUGAAAUAGAAAUAGCUUGAAAUUUUUGUCUGUUUAACUCUACAUUAAGCGGUUCUUCGUGUUUGUUGUUUUUACCCCAGAAGCUCCUGUUUUUGCUUAGCUGAAAUCCUUUUUAACUGUAAACCAUAGGCUGGACGGACACUGGUCUAAAGAAAUAGCUGAUACCUUCUAUAAAUAUAGAUAUACAGCGAAUGGCUGCACGAAAUGUAUGCUUUGUACAUGGAGUGAAUGUAUUUUGCAUACUGUUUGUCCAUUUAUAACAUUUCCAAUUAGUUUAAAACUGCGGUCACUCUUACUCAUGGAAAAAUAAAUAUAUUUCAAAUCA